AUGGGUAGGUGUCACAAUUGGGCUUGGCACAGCACUCCACAGGAAAUCAUCGGGCUGUGGGAGUGGGGCGCCUUCGUUUCCUUUUCGCUGGGAGUACUGGCGGAAUUGGGGGUCAGAAUGUUUUUUGCUUUGGCGGAACGCAAGCGACGCAUCGCGGAAGCCCGGGAGGAAGGGCGGAAAGAGGCUCGGAAAGAGGCUCGGGAAAUGCUGAUGAUGCUCAACGCGGCGGCGCGAACCGAUCCCGACCGCCUGCCUUCGCUGCUGCAGGAGUAUCAGGAGAAGUUCCAGAACGGCUCGGCGAACGCAUAG